AAUCCUCUAUGGACGAUGAGAAGCAGCACUCCGCUCUCCAUCAUCAUCUGCGGAAAAAUGCGAGCGGGGAGCGGUAAGAAAAUGUCAGCUCGCGCUGCCCUCCCUCCGCCGCAGACAUGAGCGCAGUCCCGACCGCCUCUUCCAACCGCAACAAGUUGCUCUCACCAUGCGGAUCCACUGCAAAGUAGUUGUGAUCGCCGUGUGUUUCGGAGUUUUCUUACUUUUGUACUUUUUGGGGGGCAACGCCGCGGAUGAUCCGCUGUUGAAAGAAGUUGGAGAGGAGCCGGAGGAGGACAGCAGCUCUUCCCAGUCGCCCUCCCAGCUCGAGCACAACGUUGUUGCAAAGUUUCCGAGGAAAUCGCCCGCAGGAGUCGGCGUGCGUCCGGAAGAGCCUCUUAAGGGACGAAAACAGGGGAGACCAAUUAGUAGAGGGGCCAGCGUGAAUGCAAAGAGUAAACCACGGAGUAAUGUAGCCCGACCUGUAACCAGGCGCACCAAGGCGGAGGACGUCAUGCAUUUGGCCGUGGUGGCUUGUGGGAACCGUCUGAACGAGACCCUCACCAUGGUAAAGUCAGCCCUCCUGUUCAGCUUAAAGAAGAUCAAGUUUCACAUUUUUGCUGAGGACCCCUUGGCCCUGCAGUUUAAAGAAAGGCUGAACCAGUGGCCUCGCUCUGUCGCAGCCAAGUUCCAGUACAGAAUCUACUCCAUCUCCUUCUCGGUGGGAAACGCUGACGAGUGGAAGAAGCUCUUCAAGCCCUGCGCUGCUCAGAGACUCUUCCUCCCUGUCAUCUUGAAGGACGUGGACUCUUUACUCUACGUGGACACUGAUGUGCUGUUUCUGCGCCCUAUGGAUGAUAUCUGGAAUCUACUGAAGUCCUUCAACAGGACGCAGCUGGCAGCGAUGGCCCCAGAGCACGAGGUACCCAAGAUUGGCUGGUACAGCCGGUUUGCCCGCCACCCUUUCUACGGAGUCACGGGCGUCAACUCUGGUGUCAUGCUGAUGAAUCUCACACGGAUCCGCAGCACGCUGUUCAAAAACAGUAUGAUCCCUACUGGCCUGUCUUGGGAGGAUCUUCUUCAUCCACUCUACCAGAAAUACAAGAACCAUAUCACCUGGGGAGAUCAGGACCUCCUCAAUAUCAUCUUCCACUACAACCCAGAGCGUCUAUUCAUCUUUCCAUGCCAGUGGAACUACAGACCUGACCACUGUAUGUACGGUAGUAACUGCAAAGGGGCUGAAGAGGAAGGCGUGUCCAUCCUCCAUGGCAACCGUGGCGUAUAUCAUGAUGACAAGCAGCCAGCGUUUAAAGUAGUCUAUGAUGCAAUCCAUAAUUUUCCCUUUGAGGACAACAUGUUCCAGUCGCUCUUCUACCCCAUCCAGACCAAGUUCCUGGAGACGGUCAACACGCUCUGUGGUCGGAUUCCCCAAGUCUUCCUCAAGCAGAUCGAAAAGACAAUGAGGAAGGUGUUUGAGGACAAAGUGGUCCGCCACGUCAGGCCACAUAAAUAACUGAUGGAGAAAGUGGGUGUCCCCGUGGAUUCUCAGAUGAAACUGGUGGCUCUGCAUUUGCAGUGUUCAGCGCAUGACACUUUCUGGAAUAAGGGUCUCAUGAACAUGAUGAGAUGGUGAUCAGUAAUCACCCUAUGCAUACAGUGCUGGUCAGUGACGUCGCCGAAUAGGUUUGCCUUAUAACCGUCUUUAUUUUGACGUCACAAGUGAUGUAACGUAUAAGAAUGUUGGAAAACUAGAAAGUAUCAGCUCAUCUCAAGUGUGUAAGACAAAUUUAAGCCGUGUUUUUGUCAAGAUUUGUACAAAGGUGUCUUGUCUUUUUUUACUUUUCCUCUCAAGCAUUUGAAGUUCUCCUCCUAACCAUUAGGGAGAUGUGUAUGUGCUACACAGAGUCAACUUUGGACAGCGUUACUACCUUGAAGUAGUAGAUUUAUAAACCACUCCUCUAAAAUUGUGAAUGUUUUAUCAGCAAAUAACUUGAAGUGUGAAUCUGUGUAAAUGAGUUUGUGGUCUGUUUUGCAGUUGCCAAAUGCCGCUGACAGUAUUACACACAGCACAGCAGAAGAAAUGUAGACUUUUGUGUUAAAUACUGAAUGUCACAAUGCACUUUGACAUUAGGACUGGAAGGUUGUUGUUGUUGCACAUAUGUCUCCAUUAGAUACAACACGACUCGACUGAAAUCAAAACCAAAAGUGCUAGAUUUUGGAAAAAAAGGAAGAAAAAAAAAAGGUGUCAAACCACAGCAGAUCAUGUACCGUAUGAAUAUUCAUGUCUGACGUUUUCUUUCCUGGCAGAAGAAAAUAAGUGCUGUAGAUUUGUGUGUUUGAGAGAGUCUCCGAGCCUGUAAUCUGAUGUGUGGUGUACGUACCAUGUGAUCAAUGAUGAACGCAUGGGCUGUAUAUUUUAAAGUUGCUUUUAAAGGGGUAUAAAGCGCCAAAUGUAUCAAAUCAUUCAACCUGGAAACUGAAUAGCUGUACACUCAGCGUGUGUUUCUUAAUAAAACAAUGCAAUGUCCUGA